CAUCAACAGGAAGCAGGAGGGACAGCUGCUGUUGCUAAAGGUUUCCAGCAUGGCGGGCAGACGAGCUCUGAAGGCCGUGCUUAUUGACCUGAGUGGAACUUUACAUAUAGAGGACACAGCGGUACCCGGGGCGCAGGACGCCCUCAACAGGUUACGACAGGCGUCUGUAGCUGUGAAAUUUGUGACCAACACAACCAAGGAGAGCAAGAGGAACUUACUGGAACGACUGCAACGUCUCAACUUCGAUCUCCAGGAAAAGGAGAUCUUCACGUCUCUGAGUGCAGCGAGGAGUCUGUUAGAGCAGAAACAGCACAGACCACUGCUGCUGGUGGAGGACAGUGCACUGGAAGACUUCACUGGUAUUAACACGUCAGAACCAAACGCUGUCGUCGUUGGACUCGCUCCUGAUCACUUCAACUACCAAACACUCAACAAAGCUUUCAGAAUGAUUCUGGAUGGAGCACCUCUCAUCGCCAUCCAUAAGGCUCGGUACUACAAACGUAAGGAUGGUUUGGCCCUUGGUCCUGGACCCUUUGUGACGGGACUGGAGUACGCCACAGACUGUAAAGCCACUGUGGUGGGAAAGCCAGAAAAGACUUUCUUCACACAGGCUCUAUCUGAUUUAGGCUGUAGCCCCAGUGAAGCUGUCAUGAUAGGAGAUGAUGCAAGAGAUGAUGUGGGUGGGGCUCAGAACGCAGGGAUGUUGGGUAUUCUAGUCAGAACUGGUAAAUACAGAGAAGGAGAUGAGAGUAAAAUCAACCCUCCUCCCCACCUGACUUGUGACAGUUUUCCCGACGCUGUUGAACACAUCCUGACGAACCUGCUAUAAGCCACAUGUAACAAUAGAAUUCUACAGUUUCAUUUUUGUAUACAGGCUUUGAUAUGCACAAGAAACACUGCAGGCACCGGUUAUCACUGUUGUAGACUAGUGGUGUUUUUACAGUGGACAUAAGGGAGUAAAAAGAUUCCCCUCACCCCCUUGUCAUGAUUAAGUAAAAAUACCCAUCUUGAAGUUCUUAAGUUUGACUAACUGUCCCAAUAUUCUCUAUGUAAAAAAUGUCCAUUUGAGUGUUAGACUGUCUCUUCUCUUUAGGUCUAAAAUGUUGAAAAUAAAAAGUAAAGCAUGCGUUUUAGAAGUGCCAACCAUCCGUUGCCAAAAUAACGUGCCACAAUGUUUUGUCGUUAUAUCAUGAUGUAUAAAUUUAAGUUUGAAUGAAAAUAUUCAGCUGGUAUUUAUUGUUUAAUAUUUUUUGUGCUUAUGCUCAUCGUACAGAUCAACAAAAUUAAGAAAGACAGUAUUAAAAUUAGUAACACUGGCUCAGGACCUUUGUAUUUACACAUUAUUUCAGUAUUUUGCUGCUUUGUCUUAAGUUUCUCUUUUUCCUCAGUGUCAAAUAUGAAGUCAUAAUGUUGACACACAAAGUACUGGUGCAUACAAUGUUUCUGAAAGGCUUUAAGCUGUCAGACCAGUUCUGUCCCAACCUACAGUUCCAGGUUUGUAAUAUGUGACACAUGUCCAAAGCUUAAAAAACAUAGGCCAAAAGAGAGCAUAAUAUUGCAACUCUU